CGAAGCUGGUGUCGUUUUAGGGGUGGCGGUAGCCACCAAGCAGCGCACAUGCAAGGCACAACGCGCACACACACUUUGAGGUGCACGAGCGGCUGCAUUCCUCCACUAUAGGCAGACAGCAGUGUUUUGAGCCGAAGGCAAGGCUACAAAAGGAUCGCACUACCUUGCGUUCGCAUCAUUUCUCAAACAGCUACCGUGCGGUAAACACUUGACACACUUGCUACACUUCUACCGACCGACCGUCUGUCUGUCUGUCUGUCGGUGCCAAAACGAAACACCAAACAAAAAUAAAAAAACAACUCAAAAACUUGUUUUCUCAAAUCAAAGUCGGGCAAAUAUUGCGCACUUUCGUGCUACCUCGCUUUUAAGUUUCGCGAACGCGCGCUUACCUUCAACAUCACCAGCAACAAAUACACUACAGCAACAUGGCUGUGGACGGACAACGCUUCAUGACCAAAACGCAACACUAUCGCAAGGUAACAAAGCCGUUGCUCGAACGUAAGCGACGCGCACGCAUGAAUCUCUACCUGGACGAGCUGAAAGAUCUCAUUGUGGACACCAUGGAGGCGCAAGGCGAACACAUUGCCAAGCUGGAGAAGGCCGAUAUAUUGGAGUUGACAGUGAAUUACUUGCGCACGCACAAGCACGAAAUUGCCGCCAGCGUUGCUCAGCAUCAAUCAGCGCUGAGCGGGGGUCCAGCUGGACGUGGCGUAAAUGUGGAGAAAUUUCGCGCCGGCUACACGCAAGCAGCGUAUGAAGUGUCGCGUGUGUUUGCCACAGUGCCUGGUCUGGAUGUGAAAUUUGGCACGAAACUUAUGAAACAUUUGGGUUAUCAGCUAAAGGAUUUGCAACAGGUACCAUUGGCGCUACCACCGCCACAGGCGGCGCGCGCAACGCAGUCGCCCGCUAGUGGUGAGGAGGCGCUUAAUUUAGAGGUAGUCAAACGUGCUGAUGCGAUAUCACCGACGGCAGCAUAUCUGGAUGCUGAGUAUAUGAGACGCGCUUACCAACAACAACAACAACAACAACAACAACAACAACAGCAGCAGCAGCAACAUCAGCAGCUGCAACAACAAAUGUGUGGAAAUAUGCAGCGCAUGAAAGAAGCGGACGCAGAAAACGGCGGUGAAUGCUUGUGGCGUCCGUGGUAAGUGGGUGCGCGCAAACAGCAGGUUGACAAUUUUUAAAAGCUUUGUGUGUUUUUUUUUUUGUUUUAAACUGCCAGUGGCUUUAGUAGCUUUAAGUGUUUAGUGGAUCUUUAGUAAUUCUACAUACUAUAUAAAAUCGUGUCAGCUUUAUUCUUGUAAGUACAAAUUGUCGUUAGAAAUAGUUGAUAACUUUAUAAUUUGUUUGUUGUAUUAAUGUGAUUUGCCUGUGAUAGCCGCCAACUACACUCAGUUAGCGAUUGGUCUGUUCGUAAACCGAUCUCCGUAUUACUUAUCGAGUACUUCCAAGUGUCUUAAAUUUAAGUGACCUUUGAUCUAUGUAUAUAUAUAGUUAAGCCUUAGUUAAUAAGUGAAUUAAUGCUUCCAGUUUGGUAUUUAUAUUUCGUAUAAAGUUUUUCAUUUCUUUCAAAAUCUACUUCCAUUGUAGUUAUGGCUGAUUUUUUAAAAUAGUUUAAGAUUAGCGAGCUUCCACGCUUUUGUAUAUUACACUUUAAUACAUUAUUGGUUUAAUUGCUUUAAAUAUUUUUUAUAAAUUUUAAGCAUCUAUUGGUUUAA